GCUGACUGAGAGCUGCUGCAGAUGCAAUGUGCGAAAUGGAGCGCCGGAUAUUACCAUUUAUGUUUUUAUUCAUGACGGCAUUGGUGGGACAUGCCAUCGGUUCGAAAUCCAGAGCUGGGCCCAAGGUAACAGACAAGGUCUUUUUUGACAUCACAGUUGGAGGACAUGAGGUUGGCAGGAUUGUGAUUGGUUUAUUUGGCGAGGUUGUACCACAGACAGUGGAUAAUUUUGUCGCUUUGGCUACAGGAGAGAAAGGAUACGGCUACAAAGGGAGCAAGUUUCACAGAGUCAUUAAAGACUUCUUGAUUCAAGGAGGCGACUUCACCAAUGGAGAUGGAACUGGAGGUAGGAGUACCUAUGGCGGCACGUUUCCUGAUGAGAACUUCAAGCUGAAGCACCUGGGUUCUGGCUGGGUCAGCAUGGCCAAUGCAGGUCCCGACACCAACGGCUCCCAGUUCUUCAUCACCUCGGCCCGUGCACCGUGGCUGGAUGGGAAGCACGUGGUCUUUGGGAAGGUGCUGGAGGGCAUGCCUGUGGUACACACCAUAGAACUUCAGGACACAAACGAUCGGAACCUCCCCUAUACUGAGUGUGUGAUUGUGAACAGUGGGAAGAUUGAAGUCAAAGAGCCUUUUGUGGUUGAGGUAGAAGUUAUUAUUGCCAAACGGAUGUCAGUGCCAAACGCAGAUGAGCAGCUGCAACAUUUCUUCAGCACUUUAUAAUUCUCAAAAAAAAAAAAAAAUCCUAAAAGAAAUCCUUAACUUCUGCACAUUUAAAGUAGCUAAUUAAAGCAAAAUGUAGUACGAUCUUCAGGGGUGUGGGAAGUGUGUAGCCACUCCAUAGCCAGGGCUAUGUCUGUAGCUGGAUCAAUUUUAUUAUCUUAGUUGCUCUGUUACUUGAAAUGUUAUGUAUCACCUUAAAAGCUCAUCUUUAGAGUUAAAAAGCAAGUAAGAUGUUUUUGUCUAAACCUAACAAGCUAACCAACUAACAGCCAAGAGUCUUGCCUUUAAAACACCUGCAACAGCACAGCUGUUACUAACUGAUGUCUUCCCGUGAUACAUGAUGAGAAUGCUGUAACAGUUGUACCUGUAUUUCUGCAGUGUUUUUGUACCCUACCUGCAUAUUGUGACUUCAAAUGAUGCAGAUUUAAAACAUGUCCAUGGCACUGAUUAUAUUAGAUCAGAUAGCAACUUCAAAAGUAUGCAGUGCUGCAGUUCUAAAUGUAGGUGUAGAUUCUUGAUAAAGACAGUCACUUAGAACUUUUGUCAUGCACCAACUCUACUGCCUAUGCAAAAGCUGAGCUCCUGACUGGUCAAAACACAUACUGUACUUGAAAUCUUGGCACUCACACAGUGGUGUUUAAUGUGGGCUAGACACAGAUUCAUUGCCAAUUUAAAUGUGUGAGCUUGAUAUUUUUAACGACACCUCACAUUGUAAUUAUUAAGUAUAUUUUCUUGCAUUCAUGUAUGCAGUCUGAAUAAUGUCCAUUGUUAGAUGUUGUUUACUCAGCUGGUAAUCUGAAGAAUAUUCAAUAAUCUUGCGGUUUUGUCUUUUGGGCUUUAGUUGGCAAUAUGUCCACAAGCAAAACAGUCUUUAGUCAUUGAGGAGCAUGGGUCUGUUAGAGUCAAGCGUUUCCACACCUUCUUUGAGUUAUAAUCAAUAUUAAUAAUAUCAGUGUACAAUAUCAGUGUUCUGAGAUGGUGUCAUAUCAAGUCAUAUCAAGUUUUUCCAAAAUAAUUGUUAAAUCACCAGUAGAGAUGAGCAAUAGGUCACAUUAAUGUGCAACAAAUGUCACAUUGUCACAAUGACACAUCAUUUAUUGUUAUACAUGUUUAUUGUUUAUUUAUGUUUUUCAGCAAUAAUACGUGUUUGGUCUGUUUAUUGUAUGUGCUGUAAUUUCCUUUGUGUUUUUUUCAUGUCACUGAAUGAAACAUUGAAACACAGUGGACAAAUGUUAUUCAUGUUUACUUUUUAUUAAAGAGUUUUUAUUUCAUAACAAGA